ACUGUUUAUUCUCUGGGUGUUGCUUUUUAAACAACAGUGUGCAAGGUUGUGAAGCUGCCAUUUAGGCAAGAAGAAAGAUAGUUUUCUCCCCUCUAAACUUUUUCCUGCAGAUAGAAGCAGAGCCAUGCCUUAUACCCAGCGGGACCCCAGCACACGGGCUCCUCCUCUGCCCCAAAAUGCUUGUGCCACCCACUCCAGUGGCCAAACCUACCAGGAGCUGAAGCUUGAAUGUCAGCAGAAGGAGACCCUCUUUGAGGACUGUGAUUUCCCAGCCAGUGACUCUUCCCUGUUCUACAGUGAGAAACCGCCCGUCUCUUUUGUGUGGAAAAGACCAGGGGAAAUCGUUAAAGACCCACAGUUUAUUCUUGGAGGAGCUACAAGAACUGACAUUUGUCAAGGAGACCUUGGUGAUUGUUGGCUAUUAGCUGCUAUAGCAUCUCUUACCCUUAAUGAAAAAGUACUAGCCAGAGUUGUGCCACUAAAUCAAGAUUUUGGGCCAGGUUAUGCCGGAAUAUUUCACUUCCAGUUUUGGCAGUACAAUGAAUGGCUGGAUGUUGUUAUCGAUGACCGCUUGCCCACUUUCAGAGACCGCUUGGUUUUUCUGCACUCAGCUGACCUCAAUGAAUUCUGGAGUGCAUUGAUGGAAAAAGCCUACGCCAAAUUGAACGGAAGUUAUGAAGCUCUAAAAGGAGGAAGUUCAAUUGAAGCCAUGGAAGACUUCACUGGAGGAGUUGGAGAAACAUUUGAAGUUAAAAAGGCUCCCAAAAAUUUCUAUGAACUCUUACAGAGGGCACUUAAAAGAGGCUCAAUGGUGGGCUGUUCUAUCGAUAUAAGCAAUGCAGCAGAGUCAGAAGCUCGAACUCCAACUGGUCUCAUAAAAGGUCAUGCAUACUCAGUCACUGAUAUUGAUGAGGUCAACUACCAAGGGCAGACAGUGAGGCUCAUUCGAGUUCGGAAUCCAUGGGGUCAAGUGGAAUGGAAUGGUGCCUGGAGUGACAACUCCUCUGAGUGGGAUUCCCUCAGCCCAUCAGAGAAACAGCAGCUACAUCAUACAGCAUUAGAUGAUGGAGAAUUCUGGAUGAAGUUUGAAGAUUUCCUGUCCCAUUUUGACAAAGUUGAGAUCUGUAACCUCACACCGGAUGCCCUUGAAGACAAUGCUGCUCAUAAAUGGGAGGUGUCCAUUCACCAAGGCAGCUGGGUCAGAGGUGCCACUGCUGGGGGGUGCCGAAAUUUCAUAGAAACAUUUUGGACCAAUCCCCAGUUCAUGCUCCAAUUGACAGAAAAAGAUGAGGAUCAAGAUGAAUGCACGUUUGUAGCUGCCCUGAUGCAGAAGAAUCGCCGUAAACUCAGGCAACUCGGAGCUGCACUGCUAACAAUAGGAUAUGUUAUCUAUGAGGUAUUUCUACGGAGAACUCCCUUCUCCAAGUUGGGCCUUUCCAGAUGUGCAGAAAUUCCAAGCCCUAGAACUUUUCUGAAAUGUGCUGGCUGGAGAAAGCUGAUCUACAAUGUUUGGAAAGACAGAUUUUUAAAAACUGGAUUCAUGUUUUAUAGGGAGAUGGAUGGAAACGUCAACAUUGAUUUGCCAGAGGUUCCUGAGCCAACACAACCCCAAGAAGAAACAGAAGAAGAAAAGCAAUUCCGAGAUUUGUUUAAGCAGAUUUCAGGACCGGCAAGUCAACUAAUAAAAAUGAUAGAUCUUAUUAGAAUUUUGGAUAGUUUACUGGCAGAGUGUAUGCUUUUCAUUGGGAAUGGAAAACUGGAAUUCAAUGAAUUCAAAAUUUUCUGGGACAAUCUGAAAAAGUGGAUUAGCCUCUACCUUCACUUUGAUUCUGAUCAGUGUGGCACAAUGUCUUCCCACGAACUUCGUCUUGCUUUAAAAGCAGCAGGAUUUCAGCUCAAUAACCAUCUGCUGCAGCUGAUUGUAUUAAGAUAUGCAGAUGAUCAGCAACAGAUCGAAUUUGAUGACUUCUUAAACUGCCUAAUUCGCUUAGAAAAUGCAAGCAGAGUAUUCCAGGCAUUAUGUGUGGAAAACAGAGAUUUCAUUAACCUCCAAAUAAAUGAGUUUAUCUGCUUGUCUAUGAACAUCUGAAGGCCUUGAACAUGAAUUUCAGCCAAUCUCCCAACAUGCUUCAGAGUUGAGCUGAGUUCACACUUUCCCCUAAAUUGCUGAAAAUUACAGGGAAUGUUUGUAUUGUCAACUUUUUCUUAUACUCACCUAUCAUGAAUAUGUGCUUUUAGAGCUCAAAUAUAAAUAAGUAUUUUCUAGAUUUAAAGUCCUAUUAUUCCAGCCAGCACAUGAUAAUGGAAGGAUAAUGGGAUCUGACAGGGCUUUUUUUCUCAUAGAACAUCCAGAACGGAGUUCCAGCACCUUUUUUGGAUGGAACCUUGUAGGGU